GCAAAUUCAGCGUUGUACAAGGCGACAUCAGUCCAGAAGUGGUGGGAAGCUGCAGGAGAAGCGCUUCACGUGAAGCGACAGGCGGCCGCAGACCGAGAGGAGAACAGUAACCCACUCAAGAGAUUAACGUCCACAUGUCCCGGCAGCAGGAACACUGUCCGAGUUUGUAAACCUCUCUAGUGUGUGUUUGGUGGCGGGAUCAGGCUUCAUAUUCGCUUCUUCAGCCCUGCAUGCACACUCUUGGCCGGUGGCUUGUCACAGUGGAUGGUCAGCAGUUCUCCGAGCGGUGCCACAAAAUGUCCGGUGAUGGCUUCACGAUUAAAAGUCGCCUCAGGAAUUUGCUGCGUUCUCCAUCAACCAAGCACAAAAAGAACAGGAAAGAGAGUCUCACCAGCAAGGUGACUUUGGAGAAGGUGCUAGGAAUCACAGCUUCAGGAAACAGUGGUCUGGCCUGUGACCCCCGAUCUGGACGAGUGGCCUACCCUGCAGGGUGUGUCGUAGUUUUGCUGAAUCCCAAAAAGAACAGACAGCACCACAUUAUCAACACGUCCAGAAAGACCAUCACAGCUCUGUGCUUCUCCCCCGAUGGCAAGUACUUGGUUACAGGAGAGAGCGGUCACCUGCCAGCGGUGAGACUGUGGGACGUGGCAGAACGGAGACAGGUGGCGGAGCUCCAGAAGCACAAAUACGGCAUCUCUUGCGUGGCUUUCUCCCCCAACAGCAAAUACGUUGUCAGCGUGGGAAACCAGCAUGACAUGAUGGUCAAUGUCUGUGCGUGGAAGAAAAAUAUCGUUGUGGCUGCCAACAAGGUGUCCAGUAAGGUGACAGGUGUGUCUUUCUCUGAGGACAGCUCCUACUUUGUAACUGUGGGGAACAGACAUGUCAAGUUCUGGUAUCUGGACCACUGCAAGGCCAGCAAGGCCAGUGCUCCUGUCCCCCUGCUGGGCCGCUCCGGGCUGCUGGGGGAGCUGAGGAACAACUUCUUCUGUGAUGUGGCCUGUGGACGGGGCUCUACAUCUGACUCCACUUUCUGCAUCACCUCCUCCGGCCUGCUGUGCGAGUUUAACAGCAAGAGGAUGCUGGACAAGUGGGUGGACCUACGGACGGGCGUGGCCCUGGCUCUGUCUCUGUCUGAGGAUAUGAUCUUCUGUGGCUGUGCUGACGGAACGGUGCGAGCCUUCAGCCCCGCGGACCUUCACUUCGUCUGCACGUUGCCGCGGCCGCACCCCCUCGGCUCUGACGUCUCGGCCAUCACAGAGGCAAGCCACCUGUUUUCCACCAAGACGGACGCCCGCUACCCAGACGCUAUUGCUGUUACCUAUGACCCUGUCGGCCAGUGGCUCAGCUGUGUGUAUAAUGACCACAGUGUGUAUGUGUGGGAUGUGAGAGAUGUCAACAGGGUGGGGAAGGUGCACUCUGCCCUCUUCCAUGCUGCCUGUGUCGGGGACCUGGAGAUGUUCCCAGAUGUUCCUGGGAAAUUUGGUGCCAGCCUGUCAUCAGGAGCAUUCCUUAGUUGCUCAGCCGAUAACACCAUCAGACUGUGGCGCAUGGACGAUUGGACAACUCGUGUUCAUUCUCAGAACAUCCUCAGCAGUGAUCUCCUGAAUAUCAUCUACAUAGACGGAAACACUAGUGCCUUGCUGGAUCCAGAAUGUUUGACGAAUAUGAAUGUCGACAAAACAGGAGAUGGACAGACAGCAGAAAGCAGGACCGGCAUCAGGACCAUCUGUGUCAGUCCAGACGGAAAACACCUGGCAUCUGGAGAUCGCAAUGGGAUGCUGAGGGUUUACGACCUCAGUGGCCUGGUGGAGAUUCUGAAGGUGGAGGCCCAUGAUGCUGAGAUCCUCUGUCUUGAAUACAGUAAACCAGAAACAGGUCUGAAGCUGCUGGCCACAGCUAGCAGGGACCGUCUGAUCCAUGUCUUGGAUGCUGAGGCUGACUACAGUCUGGUGCAGACACUUGACGAGCACUCUUCAUCCAUAACAGCCGUCCGCUUUGCUGCCAAUGACAACAAGGUGAGGAUGAUCAGCUGUGGGGCGGACAAGAGCAUCUAUUUCCGCACUGCACACAAGACUGACAGAGGAACAACGGAGUUCAGGUGUUCUCACCACACGGUGAGCAAGACCACGCUGUACGACAUGGGUGUGGACCCCACCUGCAAGUACGCUGCUGUCGGCUGUCAAGACCGCUGCGUCAGGAUUUUCAACAUCAGCAGCGGCAAGCAGAAGAAACUCUACAAGGGCUCGUUGAGUGAGGACGGCAGUCUGCUCAAGGUUCAGCUCGAUCCGUCAGGUCAAUACGUGGCCACCAGCAGCUCCGAUAAAAAUAUCAGCAUCUUUGAAUUCUCCACUGGGGAGUGUGUCGCCACUAUGGAUGGACACUCUGAGAUUGUCACUGGGAUGAAGUUUACCAAUGACUGCAAGCAUUUGAUUUCUGUGUCAGGGGACAGCUGUAUCUUUGUGUGGCGACUGGCUCCAGAACUGACAAUCAGCAUGAGAGAGAGGCUCUGCCAGCUCCGACAAAACCCAAACGCGCACCCCUGCAAGACCUCCAGUCUCAGGCGAGAGGUGUACAGUGCCCCCACUCUGGGUGGUCUGUCCUCUGACAGCGACCGCGAGCACGAGGAGGAGGAGGACGGAGCAGAGAACGACGACCCCGAAGACAAUGCAGCCAAUAGUUCCUCUGACAGCAGCCAUGGAGAGGAGGACACAGGUGGCUCAGAUGAAGGACAGGACUGGGAGCUGACUAAGCAUGGAGUUGUCAGCCAGGUCACGCCUGACUCCUCUAAACGUCCUCGGAGACGCUGGUCUCAUCGCAUGGGCUCUCUGGAGCUGAAAGUGAAAUCCAUGCUGGACCUGAGACAGCUGGAGACCUUUGCUCCCAAGAAAAACCCCAGCUGCUCCCCUCAUGACAGAGAGAGAUGGAGCACGUCCAGCCUCCAGGAGCCCGUGUUGGAAGAGAGAGCCAAGAGGCACCGGCCCUGGCCACAUGCUGACUGGCUGUCCUCCUCACACCCAUCCAAGGGCAUCAUGGGGGCUGAUGAAGCCGUGCUGUACCCCGAGGAGAACGAGAUCGACGCAAGUCUGCAGGGGAGUGAUUACACGGUGAAGGAGCAGCACUGCAGGAUGCAAGGCCGAGGGAUCCACAGUGAGAGCAAGAAAAGCCGCAGCCCAGACAGUGCCUGCUCUCUGGGCUACGACAGCAGGGACUCCAGCCCAGAUCGGGUCCUGGAUGAUUCUGCAGAUGUGGGGUCCCUGAGCCAGGACAGCUCUGAUGAGGAGAACGAAGAGAGGGAAGAAGAGGAGCAGAAGGCAGAAGUGACGACUAUAGACGAGGCUCUGAGGACAGUGACUGACACUGCUGACUGCAGUCAAGAAGAUUUCCUCAAGCAGAACUUUGAGACGCUGGAAGAGAGCAGCAGCAGCAUGGCAGAGCAGAGCCGAGUCCCUCGGCUCAGUAUGUCUUCACGCUUCCUGGCCAGAGGACAUAAUAACAGGGGCAUGCCUCUGUUUGCUAAAGUGCAGGGAAAGGAACACAGCAGCCACUCUGCUAAGCCCCCUGUGUCAAAAGUACGGCCCUUGAUGGAAGAUAGCCAGAGCAGAAACACGGAAGAGGGGCCACACGGGUUAGAUGCUUCAGAGAGAGACGGCGCUCCUACCCUUCGACCCCUGAAGAAGAGGAGGAGUUCAGGGUGCCACCUGUGGAGGUUGUCCAACCCUCCAUCCAAAGCUCCGCUGCUGCUGGACCCACCAACAUGUUUACAGAAAUCACACUCUGCCCAGAACCUGGCCUCGGACUAUCUUCACUCCCCUGUGCCCUCUAGUGACCAAAGCGAGUUCCGCAUAAGACCUCAGCAGCUUUCCCUGAAUCAUGACACUCCACAGCCUUCCUUCCACUUUUCCUCACCCUCCUCUGGGUCCCCCCAGUCUCCCCAGUCCCCACUGUCCUGGGAGAGCCCCAAACUGAAGCCCCACCACUCCUACAUGAACCCCACUGCCAGCUCCAUGGCCAAAAGCAGCCGCUCCACCUCGCUGGGAGAGGUUAUCCAGAUGGAUUAUCCGCCACCUUGCUCCCCCACCUUCCCCAGGGACAGCAGGUCAUGUGGGGAGCUGGAGAUCGAACCUGCCCUUCUCACCCCGUCUCCUGUUGCUGCUUUCCCCUCUACUGUCUCAUCGACAUCGUCCCUCUUAUCGUGUCCUCUGCCAAACAGUCCCUCCCCAGCUCCUCCCCAUCCUAUCGCUACGGUUUCACCCACUUCUUUUACCCAGAACAUCCCGCCCUCUCGCAUCCCGCUUCCCAAACAGCUUCUCAGCCCUCGCCGCAGUUUCUGUCUGGAGGGGAUGUCAAGCUUAAGUUGUUCCGGAGACCCGGCGAGGGUUUCUAAUUCUACCGUAGACCCUGGAUGCGACAUCACACCUACACCUGGAAACAGAGCACUGGGCAGGAAACUGUCUUUAAGUUUGGAUCCUUCUUUGCCAAGUUCACUACCAGUGAGGCAGAAGAAAGACUCUGUUUCAGAGAGUGCCAAGGAUCCAUUACAGGUGGCUGUGGCCAAAGAGUGCCCUCGGGUGCCUGAACAGGCCCACGCAUCGAGCGCUGAUCCCCAGCCAGGUCUGGCUUCCCACAACUCUUUUAUCAACCUGUCCAUCGCUACUGUUCCUCCUCUCCAUCACUCCAUCACUGCAUCUCUUCACACUGCUCUCCCUGUCUGUCCGUCUGCUUGUCUGUCUCACGUUUCUCCAUCUGUCUCUGUGCCCGCCUGCUGUCAACACUGUGAUUACAUGGAUCACUCCAUCACCUUGGAAACUUGUAGGCAGGCUGUUACGGAGCUUCACAACAGUCUGAGGAAAACGGCCUCGCUGUACACUAUGGUGCUUCAACACGGCCAACAGCCCAGUGAAGAUCAGCAAGAAAUGAGGAGCAUUCUGUCCGAGGCCCUGUUCACCGUCAAGGCUGAGCUGGACUCUCUGCCUCACCCCCCCUCACAGUGGGAAGGGCCCCGAGUGGACCAUGGGGUCAAAGGUGAAGGAGAGAAGGCCCUGGCUCUGCUGGAGCAGUACGCUGAGCUGCUGCUUAAGUCUGUGGAGAGGAGACUAGACACCAAGACGUGAGGAAGGUAGACUGAUGUUUGCCAUCUGUUUGUACGAACAGACACACGCACACACAGUAGCACUGUGAAUCGCAACACUUGUUAUUUGCACAGAGCUCUUUUGGAACUUUUUUUAUGGCCUGAAUGCAGAUGAGGUGUUAUUAUAUUUGGAGAAGCUGAAAGAAAUGAAUGCAGAAAAAAAAAAAGUAAAAAAAGUUAUAGCCUUAUUUUUCAAGUUUCUUUGUUUUCUACUUUUUAAAGUCACAUUUCAUAAGUGUAAUGAAUCAUAGUUGUUAUGAAGGGAGACACCAGAAGGACAAAGAUGAUGAAGUUAUAUGAAGAGCACAGGUCGUUAGGCUCUGAGAUUAAAAUGUAAAAUGUGUCCUUAGGGAGGCAUUAAAGCAAGGAACGCAAUCCUUAAGCCCUACUGCUAAUGGGGCUAAAUUCUUUCUGUCAGGUACUAUCUAGAGAUGUAUACAUUUUAAAUAUGUUGAAGUGGGAGGUUAGAGGAAGUUCAGGAUAGAUUCCUUAAUGUGUAUCAUAAAACAUUCCUUCUGUAUGUUUAUGCAAGUUUUUGUUUUAUUUUUCUUCAAACUGUUGCACUGUUCUUUCUGAGUUCUCUUAAAAAAUAAAAAAUGAUUGCAUUGGACCAGA